CACCCAGCUAUAAACAGAAUUAUGAACAGCAAAGGAAUAUGUUGUAAUUAAUAUGUUUUUUGUUGUAUUUGUCUUAUAAUUCUCAGUCAUGAGCAGCUGUUCAAACAGUUUAGCUCCGACUCGUAGCCUGGGCUCAGUCUGCAGCCCUCCGCCCUCUUCUGCUUUAACACAGAUGCUUAGCAUGUUGGACACAGCUGCAGAACAAAUGAUGGUCAACAAAGAUUUCCAGGCAGCCUUUGAUACUUGUAAUAGAGGUCUGGAGCGUCUCUGUGACAUGGAGCCAGAGGAUCGCAGGUGUGGAGAGCUUAAAGCCGGUUUCUGCAUCUUAGGGAUUCAAGCCCUGGCUGAGUUGAAUCAGUGGCGUGGUGUACUCUCCUGGGUCCUUAAGCAGUACAAACACCAGGAGGAAAUACCAGCUAAAAUAAUGCAGAUGUGCAUACUUCUUUACGCUAAGGUGGGUGAGCCUGCUGUGAUUCAGGAGGCAGCCACAGAUUGGUUACACUGCCCGUCCAAUAGCAGUGUGUCAGGGUUUGGGACUGUUGCAGAGCUCUACCUGCUGCAUGUCCUCGUGCCACUUGGACACACAGAGGAGGCUCAGGAGUUGAUUGUUGGUGAUGUCGGAAGCAGUGCGUUCACUGAAGACCAGAGACAGACAGCCUUGGAGGUUGUAGAAGAAAAAGAACGACAGAAUCGAGAACCGCCUCUAAAUCCUGAUUGUAGCCCGGACUCAGAGAUUGCUGCACAUACUGUCCCAAGUCAAGGUGCUGGGAUUUAUAAACUGGGCACCAUGCUCAGGUUUUUAUACAGAAAGCUCUUGAUGAGCAGCUCUGGCUCAUUCGCUGUCCGAAGAGUCCUCCUGGCUGCUGUCCUUCUCUACAUGCUCUUUGUUCGAAUGGAUCCAGCUCUCCCAUCUUCGUUCAUGUGGAUUUCCAAGCUUCUUGAAGUGCUCAAACAGAUGUGGAGAGCCAUGUUUGCACCGUACCAUCAGACUCUCACUGAGAACAAGGGACUCUGAAAGACUCAAAAUCACUAUGUUUCGAUCAUCAUUUUGAUUUAUUUUUGCAUUUUGUUUGCAAGAGAACACUGCAUAGUCCCUUUUACAAGCUUCAUCGUACCUAUAAAAUCACUUGUGUUAACAACA